AUGUCGUCUCCCACGAAAAGGUCGACACGCGGUUCAGCGACUCCUCGCCGUUCUGCUCGCAAUCCCGAUGCAGGAAACUCGCAGCUAGAGGUCCCUUCAAGUCCUCCUCUCAACUACCAGUCUUCGUCGCCAGGACCCAGCGGUCAGAAUGACCUCCCCGGCGGCGUUUCCUCGCCAUUCGCGCAGAUGACAAACAGCCAGAGCACUCGAGCUCGCAGCAAUAUCCCUAGCUCGCCUUUUCGCCAGAUGACAGAUACCCAAAGCGACAUUGAUCCCCAGAGAACCCCCCGAGCUAACCCAACAACCCCUGCCUACCAUGGAGGAUCUUCUCCUGUUCGCUACGAUCCCAGCUCAAGCCCCGGAAGGUCACUACGGCAUCAGUCGGAGCUUCGAAGUGAAGCAAGUGGACUAUUCCUGGGUUCCCAGAUUGGUUCACCUGCGCCUCACCGUCGAGGUGAUAUCAAUUCUGAUGCAGCACGAACACCUCGUGCCUCUCGUCGGGUUAUUCUUGACGACGCUGGUCGUGUGGUUCGUGAGGGCCCAGCUGAUGGAUCCGACGUCGCUUCAUUCGCGAAUAGAGACCCUAACACCUCAGAGGCUGAUGUUCUCGGUGGACAAGGACAGAGUCUCAUCUGGGGUACGACCGUUUCCAUCGACGAUACUUUUGCCUCAUUCAAGGAGUUUCUUCGCAACUUUACACAGAAAUAUCGUAUGUAUCGCGAUGGUGCGUCUGACGAGGAAGUUCAGAACGAUCCUGAUGCGGAAUCGAAACCAUACUGGGAGGCUCUGGAGAACAUGCUGCUUCUGGGCGCGACACGACUUUACCUCGACAUCUCUGACUUGAAUCUUUACCCACCUACACGAAAGCUGUGGCAUCAAAUUCAAGCAUACCCUCAAGAAAUUGUGCCUGUUAUGGAUCAGUCCGUUCACGACAUGAUGGUAGAAAUUGCCCGAGCAGAGACUAUGAGAAACCGUUCUCAGAGCACUACUGGCCACCAGGCUUCUCAACACAGCACCCAGAGCUCUGAACCUAAUUUCCCUAGCUCAGAUAGACCCGAGGAGGCACCCACGCCUCGAGCACAGCCCGACCAACAGCAAGCUUCCCUGGAGGAUCAGGUAUCUUCAUCUAUCUAUGUUCUCCGACCUUUCGGGUUGGACAAGACAACUAAUCUGCGAGAUCUCAACCCUUCUGAUAUGGACCGCCUUAUUUGCAUCAAGGGCCUUGUCAUCCGUACAACCCCUGUCAUUCCUGAUAUGAAGGAUGCUUUCUUCCGUUGCAAUGUUUGCAACCAUUCUGUCAACGUUGGUCUCGAUCGUGGCAAGAUCCGUGAACCUACCGAGUGUCCCCGUGAGAUCUGCAAGUCCAAGAACUCCAUGUUGAUUGUUCACAACCGAUGUUCUUUCGAAGACAAACAAGUUAUCAAGCUUCAGGAGACGCCCGAUGCGGUACCUGCUGGCCAGACACCUCAUUCAGUCUCUGUCUGCGUUUACAACGAGCUCGUCGAUUUCUGCAAGGCCGGUGACCGUGUUGAGCUGACUGGUAUCUUCCGCGUUAGCCCUGUUCGUGUCAACCCCGCCCAACGUGCCGUCAAGAGCGUCCAUAAAACCUAUGUUGAUGUUUUGCAUAUUCAGAAGGUCGACAAGAGGCGCAUGGGCGCUGAUCCGUCAACCCUCGGAAUUGCCGGCGAGGAGGAUGCUGAGGCUGGAGAGAAUGGCAUCGAAGAGACACGGAAGAUCAGCGUCGAGGACGAGGAAAAGAUCCGAGAGACAGCCGCUCGCGACGAUAUUUACGAUCUUCUCUCUCGUUCUUUGGCUCCUUCGAUCUACGAAAUGGACGACGUCAAGAAGGGUAUUCUGCUGCAACUCUUUGGUGGUACCAACAAGUCGUUCCAAAAAGGUGGUAGCCCCAAAUACCGAGGUGACAUCAAUGUCCUCCUUUGUGGUGAUCCUUCAACAGCCAAGUCUCAAAUGCUUUCGUACGUUCACAAGAUUGCUCCCCGCGGUGUCUACACCAGUGGUAAGGGAUCAUCCGCUGUGGGUUUAACUGCCUACGUCACGCGUGACCCAGAGACAAGACAGCUCGUUCUCGAGUCUGGAGCUCUUGUCUUGUCAGACGGCGGUGUCUGCUGUAUCGACGAGUUCGAUAAGAUGUCGGAUGCUACCCGCUCAGUACUCCACGAAGUGAUGGAGCAGCAGACUGUUUCAGUUGCCAAGGCUGGCAUCAUCACUACUCUCAACGCGCGAACAAGCAUUCUCGCCUCAGCCAACCCUAUCGGUAGUCGUUACAACCCCGACCUCCCUGUUCCCCAGAACAUCGACCUUCCUCCCACACUCCUCUCUCGAUUUGAUCUCGUGUAUCUCAUGUUGGACACUGCUGAUGAGAAGAAUGAUCGUCGCUUGGCCAAACAUCUUCUGUCUCUUUACCUCGAGGACAAGCCUCAGUCGGCUCCUACUGACAACGACAUUCUGCCUGUUGAGUUCUUGACCCUCUAUAUCUCUUAUGCGCGGUCUAAGAUCCAGCCUGUCAUCUCGCAGGAGGCUGCCCAAGAGCUUGUCGAAUGCUAUGUCGCCAUGCGUGCUCUCGGACAAGAUGUUCGCUCUGCUGACAAACGUAUCACUGCUACAACCCGUCAACUCGAGAGCAUGAUCCGUCUGUCAGAAGCUCAUGCCAAGAUGCGUCUUUCCGAAACAGUUACUCGUGACGAUGUCCGUGAGGCCAACCGUCUUAUUCAGAGCGCCUUGAAGACUGCUGCUACAGACGCCAAUGGUCGCAUUGACAUGAGUCUUCUCACCGAGGGAACUAGUGCUGCUGAUCGCAAGCGUCGUGAGGACCUCCGUACUGCUAUUCUGCGUCUCUUGGACGACAUGACCGCCGGAGGUAACACAGUUCGAUGGGGCGACGUCUCUCGCCGGCUGAGUGAGGGUGCCAGCAUUCCCGUUGAACAAUCUGAGUUCAACGAAGUGAUGAGGGCUCUGGAGGCUGAGAAUGCUAUUAUGAUCAUGGGCGAAGGCGCAAGAAGGACCAUCCGUAGGGUGAAUUCCGUUGCAUAA